ACAACAUCAGCUGCAGCAACAACAACAUCAGCUGCAGCAACAACAACAUCAGCAGCAGCAACAAGAACAUCAGCAGCAACAACAGCAACAACAACAACAGCAGCAGCAACAACAGUAACCACAACAACAACCACAACAGCAGGGAAACCUCUACCACAUGCCACGGAAUUAAAACUAAUUUCUAUGGCAGUAACUCCAAACAGCAAUGGGACAAAGUGUGAAAAAAUUUGCGCAUUGCUGUUUGAAAUAAACGGAGGAACUGGUAACUGCACCAUGAAUGGAUACGAGAUAGAAAAGCAUUUUAAAGUCAAAAGUAUACAACCACUGCCAAGUGAGAAGGAAGCCGUAACACCAAAGAAAAAUGAUUCUGAGCCCACAGAACAGCCGGAUGCAGAUUCCAACAUGACAUUGAUCGCCGUCUUGGCAUCAUGCGGUGCACUGGCUCUUAUCCUGAUUGCGUUUGCUGUGUAUUGCAGCUACCAUCGCUUAUCCUACAGGAAAAACCAGCAACACCUGACUGAAGAGCUGCAGACGGUUGAGAACGGGUACCACGACAACCCGACACUGGAAGUGAUGGAGGUGCAGCCGGAGGUGCAGGAGAAGAAGUUGCCGCUGGAAAAGAAGUUGGUGCUGAAUGGAGAGUUUAAUGACAGCUGGAUUGUUCCCUUUGACAACCUUGGCAAAGACGACAUACCAGAUGAGGAGGAGGACACACACCUGUAAAGCGUGCAAGCCCAUCAGCUUUCUGAUCAUUUUACAAAACAGACUUUCACUGAAACAGACUGUGUAAAAA